AUGCUCAUCAUUCUGAUCGGGGCGUCCCAGUCGGGCAAGAACACGCUCGCGCAGCAUCUCGUCGACACGCACUCGUACACGCGCGUUCGUCUCCCUCGCGACCCCAUCUCCGAACUCACGCCCACCACCCACAGCACCGAAUCCAGCUCCGACUUCACCUCCAAUUCAGAUCUACAUUUCGACUCGUCGACCGAGUUCUUGGACUACGCGACGAGGUACUGGAAGGUCGACUAUGUCACCACCGACCUUAGGAAUGCGGUCAAGCUGCACGAGUUCAGCAAGAGGCCUUUUGUCGCGAUCGUCGCCGUGGAGGCACCCUUGAGCGUCAGGUAUUCCCGAACCAAGAAAAGGUUAGUUCUCUUGGGCGCAGAGAAACAUGUCUGUGGUCAAUUUUCUGGCUAACGACCCCCUUCACCGCAGCACUCGGAGUCGUGAGGAUGGUUCCCUCUUGAACUCGGGCUCACUCGAAAGCUUCGUCGAAUCGGACGAUAUUUCGACAUAUGGUGCUCUGCCCGCUUCCGAGCAACGCGAUGAAGUGCCACCGCCAACAGCAACAACGACGCCCAACACCUCAGCCCAUGCUCGCACAGCUUUGGUCGUCGCACAAGCCCUCGAUCGGAUAUCGUCGACCCCACCGCCGACCCAUCUCUCCCCCUCCGCGGACGCCCCACCUUCUCCAAGUCCGUCCCCUCGCAGAGCUGCAACACCCCUCCGAUACCCGCACGAGGACCGACCGGACCCGCUCAUUGGUCUUCUUCCCCUCGCCAACUUGACCAUCCAAAAUCCGUACUCGGACCCUGCGCCGUUCCUUCGCGCUCUAUCGUUGCCGAAAUUGCAGGAAGCCCUGCGCCCAUCGUGGGAUCCUUACUUCAUGCUGCUCGCCUCGCUCGCGUCCUUGCGAUCGAAUUGCAUGAAGCGAAGGGUUGGAGCCGUGUUGGUGCGCGAGAAGAGGGUCGUCUCGACGGGGUACAACGGUACACCGCGCGGCGUGCGCAAUUGCAAUGAUGGCGGGUGUGGGAGGUGCAACUCGGGCUCGAGUGGUCGCGUCCUUGCAACCAACGCCGACCACGACACCGCGAAUUCGACGUCUUUGACGUCCAUCAGAAUGGGUGAAGGCCUCAAUGAGUGUCUUUGUCUCCAUGCGGAAGAGAACGCACUACUCGAAGCAGGGCGCGAGAGAGUCAGUGGAGGCGGGACCGAAGGCGCGAUUUUGUACUGCAACACGUAAGUCUCUCGGAUCGUGUUUCCAAAACCCCAGUGCUCUGAGCAUAUAAUACAGCAACAAGGUGGUAAAACAAAAAUGAAUCGACAAUCGUAUAGUGUCUCUUCACUGGGAAAGCCGAGGAUCGAAGCUGACAAACUCGGUUGGUUGUGUACCCAGAUGCCCCUGCCUUCGGUGCACCGUCAAGAUUGUGCAAUGCGGUGUCAUCGAGGUGGUGUACUCCCUCUCGUAUUCGAUGGACGCCGCAAGCCGGCGAGUGUUGGAAGAAGCUGGUGUCGGUCUUAGGCAAAUAAAACUACCUGUGUUCCCGUGA